GCGCACGUCGGAGCCACAGGUGGAGGCUCUGCAGCUUCAGACAGGCGGCAGGAACAGAGCGUGUCCUCUAGGGGGCAGGAGCGCGCCGUCUCUUCCACUUUUCUGAACGAUAUUUACAUUCAAGGAACGGAUCCAUAGACACCCAUCAGAUCUGUUUGUAUACAGACACUUUGAUCUGUUCUGCGGAGGAGGCGGGAGGAGGUGUUUUGACAACAGCGUGAGGAAAGUAUUUCAGUAACAGCGUGAGUUGACCUCACGUAUGAGAACUGGGACGUCUGACGACUCUACGGUUUGACACAGAACCCAUAGAUUCAGCAGUUUUGGUGUGUGUGUGUGGGUGGAGGAGGGCCACAGUUUUCAGCCUCUCCAUCUCUCUUUUAUGAUGUUUUUGAAGCGGCGGAACAGAUUUAGUCCCACACAGCGGAAAGAAACCGUAAGAUCGCGAUGCAUCGCUGCUUCUUUGAAAUUCAGUUUCAUUUCUUCUCGCGCAAAUCCGCCGAGGAUUAAUUUCCAUUUCCCUCCGAUUCCUCUUCGUUUCCAGCCGCACCUCCCAAACCAUCAUCGGGAGGAAUCGACUCAACUGCCACCAAGCUGGGCGAAUGGCCUUCCGGCUGUGUUCUUAUCUUGUGUAUUUUAAUCCGUAGCUUUCAUCGUUUAGGGGAAUCUCAGAUAUCUCAAACAACAGAUGUCAAGUUAAGAUUUACUCGUUUUUUUUCAGACGCCCGAAAUUGUUCCCGUCUUGACGCACAUAACCGCCUCUAACGAUCAUUAUUUUUCAGCGCCAAAGUGACGCCGCGCACACUCAAGGCCCUGCUUUCGCCCAGCGCGUCCUUGUCCUUGGUUCGAGAAAGAAAAACAAAGUAUUUUUAACCCACAGAACCGCAGCCCGCAGUUGCUGUAAUAGUUGACCCCUCGCAUUGAAGUUACAGAGCCCUGGCACGAACACCACGGCAUGGCUCUGGCCCUGUUUUAUCUGCGGGUCACUCUUCUGUGAUCUAAUAUCACACAGCACGGGGCCAGUCUGAAGCAGGCUGCCUUCUCUUAGCACCUAAUAACGGAACAUCCUCAAUUAACACUUAAUUAACGACGCGGGCUUCACGGGCAGAGCUGCAGCUGUCAGUAGCGGAUACAGGGAGGCUCGGCAGUGUUUUAAGACGAAUUUUGACAGCUGUACCUCCGGGGUUCCUCCCCGUGUACUCUUGGUACAUACAGUACAGCAAAUAUCCAGCGCGCUUCUGCGUAUCGUAUCGCCCAAUGGACAUAGAUGUCAAAACGUUUUCCUAGAGAUGGUCUAGAGGUGGUAUUUUAUACAGCAGUGAAUAAGCUUGCAGAUUCGUACUGUGCAGUUAACACUGCCAGCAAAGUCGCGGUUGGCCAGCGGAGGCGCUGUGGUUGCUAUUAUCUCGUUUCCUCAACGCUUAAAGCGUGCGGGCUUUGCCAGCACCGGCGCUGUGCUAAACGAACCCCUCCGAAUCCCGGCUCAGGCGAAGAUGCGACGCAGUAUAGGGACAACGAGCCGGUGGCCUCCGGCGCAUUUUCCUGGAUUUUCGUCGGCCAGCCGGUGCCCCAAUCCCCGCCCCCCCACAGUCGUCUCGCCGGCCCCGCCCGGGAGGAGUGACUGUGUGUCGGGGGUGGAGGCGGUUCUGCAUCCUGCAAGCGCUCAUGUUUAGCGUCUCUAACCACUUCCACGGCUUUUUUCUUUGCUUCUUGCUUUUUUGGGGUGUGUGUGUGACUGUGUUGAAGAAGCGGGCGGCCGGCGAGAGGAAGAUGAUUCCGGAGGACCGGUCUACAGCAGCCGGGCUCCGCAACUGAGCCCCGAGGUCGGGACGCGACGCGGAGCGGAGCGCAGGCUGGUACCUUUGACCACAGGUCCCUGCUGAGCCCUGGUGAACGAUGGGCAGCGGCAGCAGCCCAGCGGAGAGGAGGAGCCCCCAGUAGCCCCCCACCUGCCUGAGGACCUGUGUCUCCGGCCACCCCCCCUCCUGCGUUGCCAUGGCGAGCCACGGGGAGCUCCCGGGCGAGCUGGAGAAGAUGCCCAGCCUGGAGCGCCUGCGGGCGGCGCAGAGGCGGCGGGCGCAGCAGCUGAAGCGCUGGGCGCUGUACGAGAAGGAGAUGCAGAGCAGGAAGCGCAAGGCGGACAGGCGGCGCCCCGCCCCCCCGGGGCCCCGGAAGCGUGUCUCCUUCAGCGCCAGCGUGGCCCUGCUGGAGGCCUCCGCUCGCAACGACGCCGAGGAGGUACGAUACGGCUUGAACAGCGAGGUGAGUGGAGACAUGUGUGACUGAGUGGGCACUGUCGGUCUGCAUUAACCCUCGUCCCCUCUCUUUCUCUCUCAGUGCUGCAUUGAUAACUACGAGGACAUGGUGAAGCUGCUGUUAAAUCGCGGGGCCAAUGUCAAUGCCCAGGACAACGAGCUGUGGACGCCACUGCACGCGGCCGCCACCUGUGGGCAUGCCAACCUCGUCAGGAUCCUCAUCCACCACGGUGCUGACCUGCUGGCGGUGAACUCGGAUGGGAACAUGCCCUAUGACCUCUGUGAGGAUGACCCCACCCUGGACAUCAUCGAGACCGCCAUGGCGAACCGCGGUGAGGAAGAGAGGGGAGAUGUGCAAAAAAGCCAUAGAAGGCAGGCGGGGGGCGGGGGGGGGUCUGCUUCAGCAGGUCAGAGGUCAGCAGCGCUCAUGCCGUGUGUGCGUCUGUCCGAGUGCAGGAAGGUGGUCCGCAGAGCCAGCCUGUCCGACAGGAACAACCUGCACCGCAAAGAGUACGAGAAGGAGGCCAUCCUGUGGCGCAGCGGGAAGGAGGAGGAGGAGCGCGAGAGGGAGUCCGACCAGGAGAGCACACAGCCGGUGAGUGGGGUGACAGACCGGAACCCGGCGGGGGACAUCACGCGGGACGUGUCCCGGGGGGGGGGACCGGCUCUGGGCCUCAGUCUGCUCGCUGUAUUCAGGCCGUGCCAGCUGGCCAGGACCCCAGCUCAGCUCAGCUCCCAGCCUGGUGAGAAAGAGGAUCAGAGCCAGUCGUCAUACCCAUAG